GUUGAAGUGUCUGAGAGAGCGAUAUGGCACGAGAAGCCAUUCUUAAAACUUCUGUUAACAUCGGCAAGAAGACAAUGACAUGGCCCUCAGCUUCAGCUUCUACCUAGUACAUUGUUUCUAAGAGCUUACAUUAUUGUGCUGAAUAAAUGCUUCCUUUUGGAUGCUGAAGGGACUGUACUUGAGGAGCAGAAUGGAAUCAUCAGGUCAAACUGCAUUGAUUUUGUCUUGAUCGAACAAAUGUCUCACCAGGUGAGUUUGGGAGAAAUUAAAUUUAUUUAUAUUUCUUUUCAUUUCAGAUAGCUACUUUAAAAGCAUGUAUACAUAAGCAAAUUCAUAAAUUUCCUGUCCAAAGGAGAGUUACAUUCAAUUGAAACUAUAUAUAUAUAUGUAGCGAGUCGCAAUAUAGUGUUGUCAUAUUUAAUUCGCCGUUCUUUGGGAGGAUGCUAUGUUUUUCUAAUUUUUUGGAAGACAUCUUCCUAUUUGUGUAUACACACACACACACACACAUACAUACAGACACACACACACACACACACACACAUAUAUAUUGAUAACUGAUUCUGUCUUGGAUCUUGGGCAUGUGUCAAUUACCGUAUUGCAGUAUCUCCCGGUAGCAUCUGCUCUGCUCGUUGGAGGUUUGAUGGUAACAACCUUAACGCUUCAACAGGGCAAUGUGGUCUCUUCUUGGAACCAUUAUGUUACCACCUCCAUGUUCAUCGAAAUGACAAUACUUCUUGCAUUUGCCUUUGCUCUGGGGGGAGUGCGCAGCAGUUUAUCUCAUCUGCGCUGUGGGCCGGGGUGGCUGCUGGAGUGAUGGCCACGGUGAAAGCCAACGGAAGGCAGUUCUGUUUGAGGCCCCGCUUGUGUGGUCUCCUGUGACUUACACACCAAAGGUUCCACAUGUUUUUUCCAGCUUGGACCCGUCACAUGGCUGGCCAUACAACAGAACGAAAGAAUUGCAGCUUGCUAGGCCCUGUCGAGGUCAGUCCUUUUGUUUCUUUCAUUGGGCACGUAAUUAAAAAUAUCUACAUUUAUAUAGUAAUAAUAGGAAACCCCCGAGUUGGGGUAAGCGCUCCUAAGUUCCCAACAAGAUUUUUAUGCCAAUCCUAAUUUGUGAUGUAAGACUUUGAAAUAUCUGACAGUGACUGGACCCUUUGCAUUUAGUCCACCUCCUCCUCUUUGUAGACUGAUGACGUGUACUCUCCAAUUUGCCAUGUCCACUUCCACGUCAGUCCUUAGGUAUGGGCGCCAAACCCACCCCCAAGGAAAAUAAAUAAAUUUAUCAGCGUGAUUGGAUUCAAGUGAUUCCAAAUCGAAUUCGUCUCGUAUGAUUGGGAAAAAUUCAUACUUUUCAUAGUGAGUCAGCUUAACUAGAUCACACUGGAUUAGUCGAAUUCUGUUAAGCUUUUGAAUUCUCAAAUAAAUAAGUUUGUUUAUAUGUGUCAUUGGAUUGGAUCUAUCAUAGCACGAUCUUUGUUCGAAUUCUCAAUUCUAGCAUGAGCUUUCGAAAAUAAAAUAAAAAUGCACGACCUUUUAUUUUAGUAUCAAAUCUAGCACGAUCUUUACUUGAAUUUUCAAUUAUCGCAUGAUUUUUCGAAAAUAGAAUAAAAAUGCACAACGUUUCGUUUUAGUCUCAAAUCUAGCAUAACCUUUUGUUUUAGUUUUAAAUUAAAUAAAAAUACAUGGGGUUCACUUAUUAUGUUAUAUUUGAGACUAAAACGAAAUGUCGUGUUAGAUUUGAGAUUAAAAUCAAAGAUUGUGCUUUUUUGUUCUAUUUUCAAAAUGUCGUGCUAGAAUUGAAAAUUCAAGCAAAGAUCGUGCUAGAUUUAAAAUUAAAAUAAAAGAUUAUAUCUUUAUAUGUUAUUUUUGAAAUGUCAUAUUAGAAUUGAGAAUUCGCAUAAAAUUCGUGCUUUUUCAGCGUGAUUAACCCAAAAAUUUUUUGACAAUUCGCACGUAUGUAUGUAUUGUAUAUGUACAUAUUCGCUUUUCUUUUAUAUAAAUAACAUAAAAUCCUUUCCCUUCACUCCAAGAAAUUCCUUCCUUUCCCCACUUGAGUAGUCGACCCUCUCCUCGAAGAAAAGAAUAGCACAUCCAUCUCUUCCAAAAUUGACUCACAUCCAGGAAAUUCCUUAAUCACUUCUCUCUCUCUCUCUUUCACCCAUGUGGGUCCCCAUGAAUCCUUAUGGUUUUUCGAGAACAAGAAACACCCCCACCACCACCAGCGACGACAGUGAGAUCUCGAGUUCCUUCGCCUUCGGGUCGUUCUUCGAAGAUUGGCUCGUCCGCCAAGAACACUACCUAUAUGAGCUGCAAUCGGCAGCCAAAAACCUCCACGUGACCGGGAAACAGGACCUCGAGGACCUCACCGACCGCGUGCUCUCCCAUUACCAGCAGUACUAUGAUGAGAAGUCGAGGAUCAUGCAAACCGACGUAUCCAUCCUCUUCUCCCCACCAUGGCUAACACGCCUCGAGCGCGCCCACCUCUGGGUGGCGGGUUUCAAGCCUGGGCUGGUCGUUGAGCUCUCGCUGGGCUCGCUCGGCGGGGAGCUGACCCAGGACCAGGCCAGGAGGAUGGAGGAGGUGAGGAUCACGGCGAGGAUGAGGGAGAAGGAGCUGGACAAUGAGAUGGCCCAGCUCCAGGAGAGCUUGGCUUGCCCUCCCCUGCUCGGGGCCGCAAGGAAACGUGGGAAGCCGCUGCCCCUAAAUUGGAAGGUGAACGAGGAGGAGGCAGCGGCCGCAACCGGGGCCAUGAGGGCCAGGAUGGAAGAGGCGGUGGUGCAAGCGGAUUUGCUGCGGAUGAGGAUAGCCCUCGGGGUGAUGGAGAUACUCAACCCGGGCCAGAGAGUCAAGUUCCUCACCGCAGUCACGCAGCUCCUUCUCCGGCUUCGUACCUGUGGCUUGCAGAGAGAUGCUUGAGAGGAGAAGAUGAUGACAAUGUUUCUUUUUUUUUUUUUUGGGAGAUGCUUCCAAGUGGAGAUGUGACAUUGUCUGAGGUGGCGUGGCUGGUCCCUCGCACCCUUAAGUGGAUUUUGUUUUUUUCGUUUUUUUCCCUGUAUUAUUACUGAAUCAGUUUUCUGUCAUAAAAGACAUUAAUUAUGUACAAUGAAUAUUUAAGGAUAUUUUCAUCACGAGCAUCAUUUUUUAUUAUCA